AUGGAUUUCGGACACCGCGUGAUGUCUUUGAUAUUGCCCGGAAUUUAUACCGAAACAUGGUUGGAUUCCGAUCUGGACACUACGGCAAAUUCUGGACAAAUUCCAGAAUUUUUUUUCAUAGG